CCAGUGUCUCCAGUACUGUCCUACAAACAGCACCAGUCCUGAGGAGAUGCCUGAGAACACUUAAAAGAAAUGUAGUUCAAAAAUAGAUCCCUGCUUUUAUUCUCUAUAUGUUUUUUACUUCAGAAGAUGAGAACUUUCUGUUGUUACUGCUUUUCGUUGGUGAGAAUGGCGAGGAUUCGGAUUCCUAGCACAGUUGUUAUACUUCUUGUUACAGUUCAGACUGGAUUCUUACUCUUCAUGUAUGCCCGGUACAGUAGUUUCAUGCCUCAGUCUGAGGAGAAACCAUCUCAAGUCCACAUCCUCAUUCUUUCCUCCUGGCGGUCGGGAUCUUCUUUUGUUGGUCAACUUUUCAGCCAGCAUCCCCGCGUCUUCUACCUGAUGGAGCCCGCGUGGCACGUGUGGGUUACGAUGUACCAGAACAGUGCCAAGGUCUUGCACAUGGCAGUGCGGGACCUGGUCAGGUCGGUCUUUCUGUGCGACAUGUCUGUGUUUGAUGCUUACAUGCCUUGGAAGAGGAACUUAUCUGAUCUCUUUCAGUGGGCAGCAAGUCGGGCUCUGUGUUCAGCUCCUGCUUGUGACUCCUUUCAGCGUACUGACAUAACCAGUGAAGUGGCCUGCAAGACUCUUUGUGGACGGUACCCGUUCAGCAAGGUGGAGGAAGCCUGUAAAACUUACAGCCAUGUUGUCAUCAAGGAGGUUCGGUUCUUUGACCUGAAGGUCCUCUACCCGCUUCUCACUGAUCCGUCCCUGAACCUCAAAAUCAUUCACUUGGUCCGUGACCCCAGAGCAGUUGUCAAGUCACGGGAACAAUCAGUUAAGGCAUUAGCCCGUGACAAUGGAAUUGUUUUGAGUACCAAUGGCACUAAAGUGGAAGACAGCAAAUACAAAGUAAUGCAAGAGAUUUGUAGAAGUCAUGUGCAGAUUUAUGAAACGGCUACUCUAAAACCACCCAAUUUCCUUAAAGAUCGCUAUUUAAUGAUCCGUUUUGAAGAUCUGGUAAGAGAUCCAUUAUCAGAAAUCUCAGAGAUGUAUAAAUUUGCAGAUCUUAGUUUGACCCCCAUGCUCAAAAGCUGGAUUUAUAAUAUCACACAUGGACAGGGGCCAGGGAAGAAAAAAGAAGCCUUCAAAAUCACAUCUCGAGAUGCAGUUAGUGUUUCACAGGCCUGGAGAAAUGUUCUUUCCUUCCAGAAAAUUAAGAAAAUACAGGAAGUUUGCAAAGGGGCUAUAAAUAUGCUUGGCUAUCAGCUGGUGGAUUCAGAAAAAGAACAAAGAGAUCUGUCAUUGGAUUUAGUGUUGCCAAGACGACAGAAUCAAUUCAGUUGGUCAUCAUUUAAUCCAAAGCAUUGAGACAUUAUUUUUGAGAGAUCUUGGGAUGGGGAUGGGGUGGGCUGUGGGUGGUUGAGUAUUUGUCUACUGUGCAGCAUAUAGCUAAUUCGAAAAUCAUUGGCUGAUGAGGCUUAAGCAUCUUCCUGUCUGCUGUUUUUCCGUAAUGGAGGGAGUUUUUUUUUUCCCUGAGUUUCUUACACUGCAAAAAACAAACAAAAGCAUGUGGGAAAUGCCGCAAGAUACUUGGCAGAUUGCAAAUUUACAGCUGAGCUGGGCUGAUCUCAGCAUUGUUUAAAAAAUACAAUUUAAGUACUUUCUAUUAAAAGAUUGUCAAAGAUGUCUUUGUUCAUUGAUGAUAGUUCACUUCUGUUUUCAUGUUCUAAAUAUUUAAGAAGCCUAGUUCCUAAUUUGUAUAAAUGGAACAAAGUAGAAACUAAAUUUCUUUAUUUUCCUCCGGAAUCACUUGACUUUCCUCUUUUGCUUUAAAGCUGUGCAAUUGUGUAUUUUUUUAGGCUUCUCUUGACAUUUUAAAUUUUAACAUAAAAGCUCUCCAAUGAGUUGGGGCAACUGUAGCAGUUCUGCUGUAAAAGACUUAAGCAGGAGCUUCAUUUAUGGAUAGAUUUCUUUGUGCUUUCCCUGGAACGGCAAAGUUUGCAAUCAGAUACUUGAAUGCCAUGUUGGUAUGGAGUGCAAAAAGCUAAAGAGGUGAAGCAGCUUUGAGUGGAAUCGCUAUGGAAGUAGCUUGUUAAUGCCACCCCAGCUGUGUGUUCUAACACUGUGACACAGGUAGGCAUGCACUUGCUCUUGCAGUGCAGUUCGUACCCAUUAUUCUCUCUCUUCAGAACUACAAGUUGUUGUUGAUAAAGAUCACUGAGAAAUUUGAGGUGCCUUGGAAUUGUGCAUAUUGAUUAUGCUGCUGUAUGGAAGUGAUCAAUCCAAACAGCUUUGAUAGCAGAGACAGACACUUGUGUAUGGGGGUUUUGUUUGGUUUUAUUCAUUUAUUUUUAAUACAGUGCAUCUCAGGAUGGACAGUACAUGUUUGAUCGAUACCAGGUAAUCCUGUUAGGGCAAAUUGAAGAAUGUCACGCUGUUGCUCAUUUAGGAUGAGCAGCAAAGCUCAUCAGUGCUGCUACUGUGAUCUGCUGUAGGAGAUCCUAGCACCCUAGAUGCUGGGAGCUGUGUCUCCUUGUGGGGGUUCUCUAGGGCCACAUCUGUUGCUUCUUGGGAUUUUCCUAAGUGUUCCAAGAGCUAUCGUGGGGCCUGUGGAGCCUUAUUUUUUUGUCUUGGUGGCUUUUCCAGGCAUUCUGAGGUUGUGCUGGCAUCUCUGGUGCAUUCCUCAGUUCUUUGGGGGUCAUUUGCUUACUCAGGUUAUCUGAGGCUUCCUCACAUUCCCUGUGUCAGGGAAUGUGGAAUUUUCAGGUGGGACGGGUAUAUGGGCUGUCUGUAUGGUAUAUGGGUUGUCUGUAGCACAGGACACCUUUUGGGCUCCCCAGUGCAAGAGAGGCAUGGACACACCUGAGAAAGUCCAGGGAAGGGCCCCUGAGGUGACAAAGGGACUGGAGCAUCUCUCACAUGAGAAAAGCCUGGGAGAGCUGGGACUAUUCAGCCUGGAGAGAAGGCAGCUCGGUGGCUGGGGGGGUGGUGGUGGUGAAUAUUUUACCAAUGAAUAUAAAUACUUGAAGGGAGGGUGUGAAGGAGAUGGAGCCAGGCUGUUUUCAGUGGUGCCCAGUGACAGAGCAAGAGGCGAUGGGCAUAAGCUGAAGCACCUGGGGUUCCCUCUGAGCGUCAGGAAGCACUUCACUGUGCAGGUGACGGGGCACUGGCAUGGAACGCACAGAGAGGUUGUGGGGUCUGCCACCCUGGCAAUAUUCAAAAGCCAUCUGGACACGGUCCUGGGCAGCUGGCUGUGGGUGGCCCUGCCUGAGGAGGCAGGGGCUGGGCCAAACGCAGUCACGAUUCAUGUCAAAAAUAGAAUGUACUGUGAUAAGUGUAAUUGUUGUACCCUGUGUAAAUCUGGGACCUGUAUCACAGUUGUGGUGAGUGGGCACGUGUGGUUCUCCUUUAAGACAAUGUGAUGGCUUCCCGUUCCCCUGAGGCAAUCACUGCUUGGAAAAGCUCACCAAAAGGAGAUAAGGAAAGCAAAACCACGCCAGAGAAGACCCUCCGAAGGAGACAAAGACCUUGAGAUUUGAAAAAGCACGCCAAAGGAGAGCCAGUAGGGUACACCUUCUCCUCCUAACGACCCAAUGGGGAAAGGGCAGGACGAACACCCGGCGAGAAGGGAUUGGUCAAGAUCCGGGCAUAAAAGACGCUGCUUUUAGGACUCAGGUGUGCGUGUGGUGGAACUAAUUGAGUUCUCCACGCACCCAGCGCUGUUUUUGCUUAUUGUUCCUCAACCUAAAUUGAUUGAACCCAAAAUAAAAUUGUUUUAAUUGUUAUCGUUUAUAACAA